AUGCUUCGGUUGUCGGUCGUUUUUCUGAAUGCUGGAAAGGGCGGCACUAAUCCCUUCAGUCAGUUUCGUUCCACUAUGAAGACGACGAUACAGCCAUCAAUUCUAAGUGCUGAUGUGGAUAAAAGGGCUUUGAAGGCUAAGCUACAAAGUUACCUCGCACAAGAAAUGGCCUCCGGUAGAGAUGUGGAGCCGGAAUACGUGCCGCCGUUGCCUAGAAAGUGGGUCAAAGCCCCUAAAUCCAUGCUAUCUACAAGCGAAACACAAAAAAAUUGGUUCCGGAUUAUGUCCUUCAAUAUGAUGGUGGACCGCUACAACAAUGCCUCUAAACACCAAACUACGCCGGUAGAGGAUGUACAAGUACGAGUGCCUAGCUUCACACGGAAUGCGAGAAGCGACCCCGCCUCCGACGGCGCGUCAUCGGAUGCGUCAGAUGAGUUUAUCAACUUCGACCCCCGUAUCGACGCGGAGCUCCCACCAUUUCUUACGUCUGAUUUCCGUAGAGCACAUUUGAUUAACACCAUUAAACAUUACGAUCCGGAUGUGGUGUGUCUAAAUGAGGUCAAUCGCGUCUUUUUCAAUGGAGACCUUUGGCGAUACGUUCGCUUCUUGGGCUACGGGACGCUCUAUCAAUCCAGCCGUGGAGCGCGGGUACGGGUGCUUCGCCAAGGCGAAGACCCCACCGCGCCCCGCAAUGUGGGUAAAAUUCACGAGGAGGAAGAUAUCGGCAAUGUCGUUCUCUUCCAUAAGGGUCGCUUCAUACCGCUCCUCAUGCCAGGCCGAGACCUCCCCGGACACUUCCAUUUUGGCCAUUUCGUGUCCCUACGCGACAAAAUCACGAACCUGGAUUUGAAUGUAGGAUGUGUUCAACUCACGGCGGGGGAGACCGAAGAGGCACGCGCAGUAAGGCUACACGAAGCCCGACAGAUCCUCAUGAUAUUAGAUGGUAUGAGUGGCAAAACCGCUGAUUGUGCGCACACAACGACCGUCCUGUGCGGCGACCUGAACAACGUGAAUGACGAAGAACCCUGCAUUCAGGUGAUUCGUGAGCGAUUCUUUUCGACAUAUGAUGCUCUCGGGGGCCCGAGAUGGACGGCGUGGCAUCAUCGAAAAGCCUUUGAUGAGGAAAAAGGCAGUGCCCCUAGCUUCCCAUCCCUUCCAUCAUCGGGGUACAGCAAUUAUUUUGCUAAAAACGUCGAGGAAAUGCGUCGAACAGACGCGCAAUGCAUAGCUGAGGAAGAGAUCAAACGUCACAUGAGGGCGGAUGUGGGGUUGAAGAAUCAUAGCAAAUUACCUAAUGGGAGCUUAAUUGGAAAGCUUAUCUCUGACAAUGUGGAUUCGACGAUUCAAAAGACGACGUCGCUCCCACGCGAUGGCUCGGGCGAUAGCGUGAGGGAACAACCGCCGGAUAGCAGCCACUACGCCGGUUCUGAAAGGGCAGAUAUGCUUGCCCUUUGCAAGACUAAUAUGGAGCGUCGUGGAGUAGUGUAUAGAGCGCAGGACUUCAUAUUUUACGAACCCCAAUCCCUAGCUCUCCAUCAGGCACUAGAUAUUCCUGAGGAUGAGGAGAUCAACCCCCAGCAGCUCCUUCCUAACACCAAGUUGCCCUCUCAUCAUCUUCCGUUGCUUGUGGAUGUCUCGUUUAACAAUAUUUAUCCCGAGAUUUGA